AAUGAAAUUCUCCUAUGCUUUCCAUACAACUAUUGAAUAAGUACUUUCUAUAUGCAGUUUUGAUUUUUUAAAAUGUUCUUAGUUUUUGUUAGGUAAUAGGUAGUGACCAUUGUGGAUAGAUGGAUGUAACAAAAAGUAAAUGGAAGUCCUAUGAAACAGCUGGAGAAAAUCAAUCUGUUAGGGCUACUUUGAACUCGUUGGAGUUUUGGUUUAGAGAUGUUACAAAAUAAAGAUAUCUAUAACAAUGAAAGUAAAACAUAUUCUUCUAUUUAAACCUAUGCAAUUGUGAUUUUAAAGAUGCAAUUUCAUCAGCCUAAGCAAGAAAGUACCUUAUGCAAGUCUUUAAUAAGUUAGUGGGUUCCAGUGGUUAUUUUGUGGUUCUUAUUCUGGCAAGAAACUUUGAAUGACAUUGGAGUUCCUCAUUGUGGGGAGCUUCUAGUGAUAUGGAAAACUUAAGUUCUUAUAUUGAUAUGGAAAGCUUUAGUUCUUUUUGCAAUGGCAUAGAAUAAUCAAUUAUAACAAAGCCUAUGUUGGUCAUUUAAGAAUUCACAGUAAAGUACUGUUGUGUUGUAGAUAAUUUCUUGAUGCCAUAUCUAUGGUGAAGCCAAAAAGGUGAUUAGCAGAACUAUCUAUUAGAGUCACUUCACCAACUGGAAGGAAAGGUGAUGGAGUUAAAGUUGUGUUUUCAAACUCAGAUCUCAGGUUGCCAUCUUGCAUUAGUAGUUUGUAACACAAACUACUAUGCAAGACGGCACCCUUUCUUACAUUGCUGUUUGUGUUAAGAAGGACCUUUUCUCACAAAUCUGUCUUCUCUUCCUGGCUGGGAUUUUCUAACUUUAUUUUAUCUGUCUUGAAAGUUAUUGCUGAGUAAGGGCUGUGAAAACAAGAUCAACAGUAAUUGAAACUGUUUACUCCCCAACUAUCUGCUACUUCUGAAAGGGCAUUCAAUGCAUUGGUAUUGUAGGAGAUUUUGUACAAAAUAUAAUUAUGCUUAAAAUUAUUAUAGUAGUCAUAAAUCCUUCACAAACUCUUUUUUUCACAAAUAUAGCAUUUCUUUUUGCUCAGGUUUUGUAGAUUGAUGUAGGUCUUUGACCUGAGCUUAUGAAAUGUUGUUAUUCAAAGCAAGAAGGAGCUUGAGGACUGUAUUUUUGACACAAUAGCUUUCAUCUAGUGUGGUUUCUUUUUAAGUGUAUGCCUCAGAAAGGGAAUAUAUGCUUUUAUAUAUGUAUGUUAUUUUUAUUUUUGACUCAGUGUCUGUAUAUUUUACUUGUAAUCUGAAUUUUUUUUUUUUUUCAGAAAUGCAAUUUUUAAAUCAUGAGCAUGUUGUCAACAUGACACAAGUCUAAACCCUUGAUUUGAUGUUUCAAAUAAAAGAACAGCAUACUUUUAAUAAAGGACUCAAGUUCAGGGUGUUUUUAUCAAGGCUGUGUCUAUUGUUCUAUGCAAUCUUCUGUAGUUCUUUUUCUUCCCAUGUAAGAUAAACUGUAAAGUUAUAGGGAAGCCUGUGCAUUACGUAAAUUUUGUUAAGAGAAUGUCUUUCAUUUUGCAGGGGUUCAACAUGCAGAAGCUAAAAAAGUACUAUGGUUUAGUUAAAAAAAAAAAAUAGUGGUAUGCAGUGGGACAGUUGCAUUCUGUUUCUUCCUUUGCUGCAUUUGUCCUUUUUGUCUACAGUUCAAGAUGCUUCUCUAAUCACCUACCACUCUCAUUCUGUUGCCCCAUUACUUUUUGCAUCUUAAAUAUGCUUCUUGCUACUGUCCCUGAGCUUUUCAUUUGAGGUCAGUCUUACUACAUCGGUUUUGCCCAUCAUUUUUCCUUCCUGUGUUAAAAAGUCUUGUUCUCUGCUUCUGUCUUUGCAAGGUCUCCUGGUUCAGCUCCUGCAUCCCUGAUGUUUGAGUCUGGCUAUUUGGGUAUGAUUCGGAUGAUAUUAAGAAAAAUAAAGAUGGUCUUUCUAGUUUCUUUAGCAUCAGAGGGAUGACUGCAACAAGUCCUGCUGUGUUGCCAUAGCAGUGGCUGAAGUAUGCUCAUUCAUCUUGUGGGAAUGUUGUAUGUGGCGUGUAGCAGUGGGAUAGGAACCUAAGAUUAUUUGUGUUUGCUAAACACAGAUAAAGAUUAUUGGAGGGGAAAAAAAUUAAAUGCAAUGACUAGCAAAGAUUUAUUGACUAAAUGCAAGCUUUUUUUUUUUUCCCCAGAUCUGCGACAUGUCUGUAUUUGGAAGGGUUACUUGUGUGGAAAGCAUGUUCUUACUCUCCGUGACCCACUGCCAAAUAUAUGCACUUUGGUGGAAAGCAUGAAAAUACUAGUGCUUCCAAGUGGCUAGAAAAAAGUACUUUAAAAAAACCAGCCCUGUUCUUGGAAAUGGCUGAGCCAUUUUUGCUGACUUUGACUACAUUUUGCAAGAUGAAGAACAGAAAGCAAUGUAUUCAAGAUACUGAGGAUCAGAUGCAUGAAGGCAUGGAAGGUGAAGAAAAUGACGAAAGCUGUUCCUGUUCUGCGUUAUUGUAUGAUGGCAACACGUGCCCUAUCUGUCUGAACUGCCUUCUAGAACAAGAGAUUGGGUUUCCUGAGAACUGCAGUCAUACCUUCUGCAUGACUUGUAUUCUUAAAUGGGCUGAGACACAGGCUUCAUGUCCUAUUGAUCGCAGACCAUUUCAAGCAGUGUGCAGGCUGGAUGCAUUGGAUAAGCAGAUAAAGGUUCAGGUUACAAAACAGCUAAGGAGGAAGGAGGAAGAGGAAAACUGUGCCUGCAGUAAGGAAACUUACACCCAUGUGAAGAUGAGAAGUUUUGUGAGAAGAGCUGAAUGUCCAGACAGAGGGCCAGUAACAAUAAAAUUAAGCAGAAUUGUGAAGAAAAAAUACAGUAAUAUUUUGCAUGACAAACAAAACAAGAAAGCUUUCUCUGUGAAGAUAAACAAGCCCAGAAGACAGACCUGCUGGAAUGAGCGCAUCAGAACUAAUUUCUUCAGCACACUUCUGGCUGGUGGUAGCAGUGAAGAAUCCUUUUUUAGCUGUAGAAAUGACUGUACAGAAUUUACAGAAGUCAAUUCAGGGAUCAGACAGAAGAGACAAGAACUGGAAUUGUCCUGUUCAUCUCUGAUUGCUAGAGUUGAAAGUGUUCCUUUAAUAUCUUAUGGAGCUGAAGCUGAGACCUUUCUUCUCACUUCUUCUGCAGUGGCUGGAAGAGUUCUUCCAACAAAUAUCAGGCCUUUGGAAAACUUUGGAUGUUUAGGCAAAGGAUAUGCUGUUGCAUGUACCCAAGAAGGAGAAGAGAAAAAGGAAGCUUCUGGUUCAUCUGGCACUAGAGGAAGUAGGAGGAAAUCAGUUGCUACUACUCCUACAAGAAGGUCUGCACGAAACAGCAAAAAUGAGGCUCUGACUCAGUCUCGCAGCUCCCCUCGAUCAAGCAGUUCUACUUGCAGUGCCCCUGAAAGCAAUAACCCAUCUCUGAAUAAAGCUCAUUCAGAAGCAGAGAAUGCUCCUCCAAAAUGCAAGUCUAAAAGAGCAGUUAAACAACAAACACCCGCAGUUAAAAAGAAACUGAGAAGUUCUGCACGUUCUGAAAAGUCACCCUGUGGCUCAGUGGAAGAUGAUGACAUUGCUGAGCCUGAAGCAGUCUUAACUUUAGAUAAAGACCACCAGUCAGAUAAUGAAAGCAAUAAUGCAGACUUCCUACAGAAGAAUAAUGUAGAAACAGAAUCUGCUAAUGGAUUGGAAAGCUGUAGUGAGCAUGCAGAAAUUGAGGAAACUAUAGGAGAAUGUGACAGAGAUGAAGACACUUCAGGGAAUGCAGAUGUUAGUUUUUCUCUCCAAGAACCCCCAGUACUAACUUCAGGAAGUGAAAGUCAGGAAUUUAAAGUAAAAGAAGCUACUGAAAAAAAUGCAGAUCUUGCGAGUCUGGACAGUUGUGAAAAUACUCUUGAACAAGUGGAAACAGUAGCUAGUCCCAAAGAUGAUGUAUGCAAUCAUGCAACUUCUGAAAAAGUAGAUCAGACAUCAUGUAGUCCUCAAAAAGAAUUAAUGGAGAACAUAGAAACUUUGACAAAACUAGAUCAACCCAUAGCUAGUCCAGAAAAUGAAUUGUUGGAACAUUUGGAACCUCUGGGAAAAGAUCAGCCAUUGGAGAGCCCCAGAAGUGAAUUGCCUGAGCAUCCUGAAGCCAUGGAAACAGAUAAUUCUGAGACUGAUCUAAAACCAGUAGUAGACUGUGCAAAUACAAAACCUAUUCAAGAUAAAGAACCUGAUGCAUUAAUACACAGUAUUUCUAUGGACAGUAUGUCAGAACAGCCCUUAAAAGAGAACAUUUCAGAAAGUGAAGAGGGUGGAACUUCAGAGUCACUCCCAGUAAAUGCUGAACAUAAACAUUUUGGUGAAGAUAACAAUGAAAUGAUACCAAUGGACUGUGACUCAUUUUGCAGUGACCAGAAUGAACCUAAGAUCGAACAGUUACUACCACCUGAAAGUACAGAAGGAGACAUGAAUUCCUUAGAGUGUGAUGUCGGAAACUCUGUAUCUGGUUCUGAUGAAAAAGAUGAAACUGUUCCUCAAGCAAGGGAGUGCCAGCCAGAGCUCAAAAAAGAGAAAAAGUCUCGAACUAGAAGAUCUAGAUUUCACUCUCCAUCGACAACAUGGUCUCCGUCUGGGAGAGAGGGCAAGAAAUCUCAAUCACCAUCCCCUAAAAGGGAGACGUCUGGAGACAGGAGCUCACGAUCACCCAAGAAGGUACUUGUGAAGGAGGGAAGAAGAUCCUUAUCUUGUUCUCCAAAGAGAGACACACUCAGAGAUGAGAAAAAAACACCAUCUCGAUCUCCCAAAAGGGAAACUGUCAGGGAAAGCAGGAGAUCAUCUUCUCGAUCACGAACUAAGGAUUCAUCUCCAAGGCGAAAAUCUAGGUCUCGAAGCAGUGAUAGAGAUAAUCAAAGAAGAGAUCGUGACAGAGAAAGAAGAAAUAGGAGGUGGUCUAGGUCACAGUCACGCUCUAGAUCAAGAUCACGAUCUAGGACUAGAAAUAAAGGUUCUUCAUUCACUAGAAAUGAGAGGGAAAGUCAGUCACCUCGAUGGAAAGAGAGAUGGGCAAAUGACAGCUGGAGAAGUCCCAGAGGAAAUGAGCGACACAGGAGAAGCGAUCAAGAGAAACAGAGUGAAAAUCUUAAAAAAGAGAAGGACAAUAAUACAGAAAAAAGCAAUGAUGAUCUGUGUUCUUCAGAUAAGCAGAGGAAUGAUUGUCCAGACUGGGUAAUGGAGAGAAUAAACUCUGUUCCUGAUGCCAGGAACAGAGAGAGAGAGAAACCACAUUGGGAAGAGGGCAGGCAUGAUAAUGCAGGACAGCCUUGGAAUAAAAACUUUGGUUCGAGUUGGAUUCCAAAUCGAGGAAGAGGUCAGCGUGGCCGAGGUGGCCGUGGCCGAGGUGGUUUCAUGUGUGGAGACCAGAGUGAAAGUCACUGGCAAAACAGAAAACCUCUCUCAGGGAACUCAGAUUGUUCUGGGAAUGAAGCUUCAAGGUUCUCAGAACAGCAGCCAUGCAAGCGUAAGAAUGAACAAGAGUAUUCGUUCGAUACACCUGCUGACAGGUCUGGGUGGACAUCUGCGUCCAGCUGGGCUGUGAGGAAGACUUUACCUGCUGAUGUGCAGAAUUAUUAUUCGAGAAGGGGACGCAAUUCAUCAAGCCCACAGUCUGGAUGGGGAAUGAGACAAGAAGAGGAGACACCUGAACAAGAUCCAAACCUCAAAGACCAAGGCAACAAGCAAAAUGAUGGUUCUCAGUUACCACUAAAUGUGAUGCAGCAACAAAUGAAUGUAAUGCCACAACUGAAUGCACAGCACCAACCUAUGAAUAUCUUCCCAUAUCCAGUGGGUGUCCAUCCUCCCUUGAUGAAUAUGCAACGAAAUCCUUUCAACAUCCACCCUCCAAUGCCCAUGCAUCUCCCUGCUGGAGUGCCUCUCAUACAGGUAGCUGCUCCCACAAAUAUUUCUCAGGGAUUACCUCCGCCUCCACCUCCACCCCCACCAUCUCAACAAGUCAACUACAUUGCUUCACAGCAAGAUGGAAAACAAUUGCAGGGUAUUCCAAAUGCUUCUCACAUAAGUAACAGCAUGAGUGCUACAGCUUUGCCUGCUCCAGCAGCAUUCCUGGGAAACGUGGGAACAGUUCAGGGACCAAAUUCGGGUAAUGCAACAUCAUCAGGUCACAUGAAGAGCUCUAAUGCAGCUGUAAAACCGGGAGAAAACAAAGCAAGUGUAACAGUGGAAGCCAGUGCAGAUAGCUCGAAGAAGGACCAGAAAUUGUUAAUUCAAGAAAAAGCAGCACAAGAGGUCAAGCUCGCGAUUAAACCUUUCUACCAGAACAAAGAUAUCACUAAGGAGGAAUACAAAGAAAUUGUGCGGAAAGCUGUAGAUAAAGUUUGUCAUAGCAAGAGCGGAGAAGUUAAUUCUGCAAAAGUGGCAAAUCUAGUGAAAGCAUAUGUAGACAAAUACAAGCAUUCACGGAAGAAAAAUCCUGAAGAGGCAGUCUCCUGUGAAAGGAAAUAGAAUAUGUUUUCAUUUUGUAGUUUUAUUCUAUCUACAAAGUGCAAUUUCAUUGAGAACUGUUAACUGAAAAUUGUACAUGACAGUGAUUUGAAUUUGUUUUGAUAAAACUAUUUUUCAAGGUAGUGUAUAAUGUUUUGUUCUAAAGAAAUAUAGAUCUGCAGGGCAACUUCUUUAUUCCUUUUUAAGAACAGAUUUCUAAAAAGCAUAAAGGUGUAAAGAAGAAUCAUUAGGAAUGUACGAUUGUGUGGAUACUUAGAUGUACAGCAUUUUGACUUGAAUAAGAGAGUGCAUUAACUUAGAAACUUCACAUACGUUGGGUUUGGAACAGGUAUGUACAGUACAUGUGAUCAGUCAGAUUAAAGUAAAAUUUUUCUUUUUAUUGUUCCCUAAUUAUAGCAAAGAUUAAAUAAUUGCCUUGACAAAUAUUUCUAGUGUUAACUGGACAGGCUGAAUGCAGGGGUCACAAUGUGUAUAUUAAAAAACACAUAGAGUUGUCUGAACACAACUGUUUAGAUUUCAAAAAGAAAAGUCAUAAACAGUAAAAUAUGGUGCCCAAAAGCAUGGGUGCUGCACAGCUGUUGUAACACCAAAUAAAAAUUAUGCUGCUUGGUA